AUGAUUCGGGACUACAAGACUCCAGCAGCUCCCGCGGGCCCAAGACCGAGCUACUCCCCAACUAAAUCGCUGGAAAAUAACGCUUUAUCGACAAAUCAGCGUGUUUCGUCUGGGAGAGAGCCCAAUCUCAGUGCCUCGAGGAGCAAUAAUCAUUCAUUAUUUUCAUUUGGCUCAAUCGGUUCGGUCGAGCAUCAGAAGCCUACCGCCUCCUUCGAUUUCCUCCCCUCUCCCAGUUUCGACGACUUGCAAAGCAGCAUCACUGGUGAUUCUACGAAUGAUUUCGCGACCCAAUUGUCGGCAGUAAAUGGGACCAAUACCGGGGGGAGCAAGGUCAUGACGGAGGGAAAGGGGGCUGUCGCUGGGAGAGCAACGAAUGGUCCCAGACCAGCGAGAACAAGUUCUCUGUUACGGAGACAGAGCACCUCAACCAGACAAAGUAGUGUUUCUUCCACCACCUCGGGCACGGCGGGUUCCAUGGAUCCACCUAGUGGUCCUUUGGCGGUGCGAACCCGCAGACAAAGUCAAUAUCCUCCAAUAUCUGGCAGCGGAGCCGCGAAUGCUACAAGGGCACCGAGAAAGUCGAUAGGACCUGGGGUGGUUGAUUCUGAUUACACAAGACCAGCCCAGAGGAGACGACCGAGUUUGGCAACGAGUAACUCAUCCCAGGGGUUGGCCGAAGCGGCAGGUGCUUCGACUCGAGCAAACAUCGGAGUACAGCCGACAUAUACGGAUGGAGCGAGAGGGUUAACUGCAUCUCGUGCAGCGAAGACGAAAUCUUUACAGCCCCCGUCGAGACAAGGCCAGACACAUUUGGCAGCAGGAAACGUUGGAACGCCAGAGCAUAGUCGCUCUUCGUCUUUUGCUGGGAAAUCGCCCGGAAAGUCAAACGGCAGAGGUACGACUACGCCAUCAUCAACCUCGAAAAGAAUGUCAAUGAUGCCUGGCAUGCCAGGUUCCGGUUCUUCUCACGCAACUGGGCUUGGGGCGAGGACAGUGAGCCCGACAGAUGCUCGUCGAGCGAAACGGUUAUCAAUUUUGCAAGGCCCGCCUCCAAUACCAGAUACUCCUCCCCAGCCAAUGCCAGAUAAAUCUACGAUACGACAGUCUUCGAGAUCUCCCUCCAUGCUACCUCGAAAGGUUUCCACUCCCUUGUCCUCAAGGACGACGCCUGAUCCAAAUCGUAAGUCUUACAGUUCCGGCCUGUCAAUUGGGUCAACCGCAAGCUAUAGCACAUCUCAAACUUCGGCAGGGUCAUUACAACCGCGGGUAUCUCAGCAACAACCUUCCUCAUCUCGAUUACCCACACCGAAACCUCGAAGUUUGAAUAGUUCUGCGGGUAAUAACGAGGAGGAAGAGGUACCGCCUGUACCAGCCAUACCCAAAGCCUACGAAUCUCCAAAAGAGACUCCUAUAGAGCAGCCAUUUUUCAAUAAAAGAGCGUCGAACAUGCCUUUUGAUACGAGUAGCAUUAAUAGCACUUCGUCUGCGAGUAUAUCUGGGAAGAAUUCGAUACGAGAACCUCCAAAAAACGAUCGCGAACCCAAGGCACGACAAUUCGUAUCUACCACAUCUUCAUCUGAAGCCGAUCAAAACCAAACCACGCCCAUUAACACAACCAAAAAGAAGAAUCUGAAGCCUUUGCGAUUGCCACCAUUAAACUUGCUUCCUUUAAGUACCACUACUGCGGCGAAAGUCGCGACUCUUGGCCAAGAUUCUUUAUCUCCAGACGGCAACGUCACCCCUCCACCUCGCCGCGUCAGUACCAAAACACCAAGCAGUCCGAUGACUGCUUCAAAGGCGUCCUUUUUCUCCCGCAACCGACAUGAUGAGAAGCCCGAGUUUAACCUGGCUCGAAUGAGAAGCAGCAGUUCCACUCAGAAAUUGAGAUCGGAGUCUUCUCAGCCAGAAAGCAGCUCCGAGUCUUCUAUGCCAAUUCCUGUAAAUGGUAACAGACAGCAAAGACAGGCUGUUUCACCCUUCGUAUCAUCGUCAUUACCAAAGAAUGGCGGGGAGCAUUCAUUUAUGCCAAGAUCCAAGACAAGUGGUGAUUUCAGUACCGCCGAGAGCGCAAAUGAAGCUCCAAGGCCUCCAAGGUUAACUGGACCACGAGCUCAAAAGGUUACUAAACCCUUAAAAAUCGACACUCCACCGAGGAUUCCAAGUCCCGAUGAGCCUACGACACCAUCCUCCGGCACCUCAUUGCGACGAAAAUUAAGCCUCGGAUGGAAACGGAGUACCUCGAAGAGUAACAUGUCUCAUGCGGCUAGUGAACGAGCUGAUCACGCUCCUCUACCACCAAAGCAUGAUAACAUGCCACCCCCUCGACUCCCUGCAUCCGCUACGUUGAACAAUCUCAGUAGUUACUCCAUUCCAAGCCCUAGUCCAUCCGUCAAAUCUACAACUUACCUUGAUUCCAAACGUCGGAAAAGCUCUGCAUCAAGCUUGAGCAUUUUCAGCGGCCAUGAUAGAACGAAGAGUGAUAGUUGGGGCGCGAAUGCUAGCCCUAAGAAGGAAUCUGUUGAAAGCAAUUUACGUCACGAAAAGAGCUCAAACGGCUCAUCGAUACGCUCUACCUCAUCCGUUAUGCAGAAGAUGUUGAGGUCCCAAUCUUCAACUAAUGGCUUGCGAGUUCCAGAUCGAUGGACUGUAGAUUUAGACAAGGAUGAUUUGAUCGCUGAAGAGUAUAUGAAGAAACUUGCGUCAAAGAGAAAAGAAACGGAACAUGCAGCUAGAGUAUUGGACGCUCUUCGGAAACGCGCUACGCCAAAAGAUAGAGUCUCUGCUAGUCAAGCUCUUCAAAUUGCGAACCUUAAUAUCUAUGAACGAGGCGAGAUUGUCGAUUUCAAAGACGUGUACUUCUGUGGGACUCAACACGCCGCAAAGCAUGUUGGUGAUCUUACCAGUGAUGCUGCCAACUUUGGUUAUGACGAUGAGCGUGGAGACUAUACCAUCGUGACUGGAGAUCAUCUUUCAUACCGUUAUGAGAUAAUUGACAUCCUUGGAAAGGGAAGUUUUGGUCAGGUUGUUCGUUGUAUUGAUCACAAAACUGGUGUUUUGGUUGCGAUUAAAAUCAUUCGCAACAAGAAGAGGUUUCAUCAGCAAGCUCUAGUAGAAGUCAACAUUCUACAAAAGCUUCGCGAAUGGGAUCCUCACAACAAACACAGCAUGGUCAACUUUACCCAAAGUUUUUACUUCCGUGGCCACCUUUGCAUUUCCACAGAACUCCUCGAUAUGAACCUCUACGAAUUCAUCAAGUCGAAUGCAUUCCGAGGAUCUCAUCUUGAGGUAGUCAGACGAUUUACGAAACAAAUUCUCAGCAGUCUGUUACUCCUGAAAUCGAAGAAAGUCAUUCACUGCGAUCUGAAACCCGAAAAUAUUCUCUUGGCACAUCCUAUGCAUUCCGAAAUCAAGGUCAUUGAUUUCGGAUCAAGUUGCUUUGAAAAUGAAAGAGUGUAUACAUACAUCCAAUCCCGAUUCUAUCGAUCUCCUGAAGUCAUUCUUGGUAUGACUUAUGGCAUGCCCAUCGAUAUGUGGAGUUUGGGUUGUAUUUUGGCAGAGGUAUUUACCGGAGUGCCGAUUUUCCCCGGAGAAAACGAACAAGAGCAACUUGCUUGUAUAAUGGAGGUCUUCGGGCCGCCCGAAAAGCACCUCAUUGAAAAGAGCACUCGUCGGAAACUGUUCUUUGACUCAUUAGGAAAGCCACGUCUUACUGUCUCCUCCAAAGGUCGCCGACGUCGUCCAUCAUCAAAAACACUUUCUCAGGUGCUCAAAACUGACGAUGAGCCGUUCCUGGACUUCCUCGCUCGUUGUUUGAGAUGGGAUCCUGAUCGACGAAUGAAGCCCGAUGAAGCCGUAAGGCAUGAGUUCAUCACAGGCAAGAAACUGCCUAUGCCUGUGCCUCGGACUGCCCUGCGAAACGAUUCUCCAAUCAAACGCACAAAUACUGUAUCGACACCAUCUGGCAGCAAUCGACCACUACCCGAACCACCUGUUACGAGCUUCAAAAACGGCACAGCGGUUAGGAACCGAGAAGCAGCUGGAUCUAGUCCAAACAAAUCCAUCGCCGCAAACGCACAUGCUCGAAGAAUUUCAAACGUCAACGCUUUCAACACCUCCACCGGGUCAAUUGGCAGCAAACGCACAAGUACUGGAGCUAUCAUUGCAGCAGGAGGCAGUGCGCUUCCUCGAGUCACAAGAAACGUCAGUGCAAAACAGGAUCUCGCCUCAGCGGGAGCAACAGCUGCAAUGAAUCGGAGGGUAUAA